AUGUUAAAUCAACCUCCAUCUCCCAAGGAUACAUCGGCUGACAUUGACUUUCAGCAACAAGUGGACGUCAUCACUUUUGAUGAGAUGGACCUCAACAGGCCAUCUUUGCCUUCCAAACCUGAACCUGCUAAUCCGAAAAGGAAGAGAGAGCAGAAAGGCAAAGACGUAGUGGAGGUUGGGAGGUCUUGUCUUGCUCAUGAAGACGAAGCCCAACGAGCUGCAAAGCAACAAAAGGAGCAAAUAGCAACCCUCAAGAAGAAAUUGGAAGAAGCCCAGAAGCUCAAAGAUCAGGCGGAGAAGUUGAAAGCUAAGAUCGAGAAGGCAAAAAUAGAGGCCGAGAAGGCUAGGGACAGGGCUGAACAGGAUGGUUACGACGUCAGCGUAGCUAAGACCAAGGAUACCUUCCGGGCAAAGGUCCCUGCUGAGCAGUUAAAGGAACCUGAAGUUUCAAAGGAAACAUCCUCAAACAAGACCGCAGAGGUUCCACAAGAUGGGGCAGCUUCCCAAGGUUUUGAACAGGCCUUAGCUUCAAUUACCAUGCCUGUCGAGGGAGCCCCCAAAGAGAAGGAAAAAACGAUUCCUACUGAAUCGGCUAAACCAGCUAACAAGACUUUCAAGGACAAGCUUCAGAUAAAAUUGAAACAGUGA